UUGUACGAUAUUGCUCAGCGUAGUCUGGAAUGCUACUUGAAAACGGUGAACUAUACCGUACUUUUUGUUGACGUCGACAACGAUCCACUGGUGAAAGAAGCGUGCAGUCUGCAUAAAUCGGUAUUUUACAAGAAACAUUGUGGGGUCAUUCAGUACCUGCCGACGACAGAUUGGAUGCUCCUCCAGCAAGGGAUCUCAGGUGUUGUGAAUCCGAACCACUGUGUUGAGGAAUGGAUUGAUGACAGAGUUAGCGUGAUAUUGAUCGAGCGUUUCUUCAAUUGGGAGUUCUCCGCUGGCAACUACCUGGUAUGUAAAUUUUUAGCAACAGGCUGA